GUGGUUGUGGCUAAGAUAUAUGGUACCCAGGUGGUUGUGGCUAAGAUAUAUGGUACCCAGGUGGUUGUGGCUAAGAUUUAUGGUACCCAGGUGGUUGUGGCUAAGAUAUAUGGUACUCAGGUGGUUGUGGCUAAGAUAUAUGGUACCCAGGUGGUUGUGGCUAAGAUUGAUGGUACCCAGGUGGUUGUGGCUAAGAUAUAUGGUACCCAGGUGGUUGUGGCUAAGAUAUAUGGUACCCAGGUGGUUGUGGCUAAGAUUGAUGGUACCCAGGUGGUUGUGGCUAAGAUAUAUGGUACCCAGGUGGUUGUGGCUAAGAUAUAUGGUACUCAGGUGGUUGUGGCUAAGAUAUAUGGUACCCAGGUGGUUGUGGCUAAGAUAUAUGGUACCCAGGUGGUUGUGGCUAAGAUUGAUGGUACCCAGGUGGUUGUGGCUAAGAUUUAUGGUACCCAGGUGGUUGUGGCUAAGAUAUAUGGUACUCAGGUGGUUGUGGCUAAGAUAUAUGGUACCCAGGUGGUUGUGGCUAAGAUAUAUGGUACCCAGGUGGUUGUGGCUAAGAUAUAUGGUACCCAGGUGGUUGUGGCUAAGAUAUAUGGUACUCAGGUGGUUGUGGCUAAGAUAUAUGGUACCCAGGUGGUUGUGGCUAAGAUAUAUGGUACCCAGGUGGUUGUGGCUAAGAUUGAUGGUACCCAGGAGGUUGUGGCUAAGAUAUAUGGUACCCAGGUGGUUGUGGCUAAGAUAUAUGGUACCCAGGAGGUUGUGGCUAAGAUAUAUGGUACCCAGGUGGUUGUGGCUAAGAUAUAUGGUACCCAGGUGGUUGUGACUAAGAUUGAUGGUACCCAGGUGGUUGUGGCUAAGAUAUAUGGUACCCAGGUGGUUGUGGCUAAGAUAUAUGGUACCCAGGUGGUUGUGGCUAAGAUAUAUGGUACCCAGGUGGUUGUGGCUAAGAUAUAUGGUACCCAGGUGGUUGUGGCUAAGAUAUAUGGUACCCAGGUGGUUGUGGCUAAGAUAUAUGGUACCCAGGUGGUUGUGGCUAAGAUAUAUGGUACCCAGGUGGUUGUAACUAACCUGCCUCCACCUGUCAAGGAGAGGGAACACAAUUAA